CUUAACUUUUCCUCACUUGUUUGUUUGCAGGUAACUUAGCUGUGGCAACACUUCCAGCAAGCAUGGCCAGUGGAACUGUAUUUGUCAUCCCCUCUAAUGGAGCAAACAUAAUCCAAAUGGCACCUGGAUUGCCCAGUGUUGCUCUUCAGGCAUCUGGAACAACUCCAUAUCCUCAGUAUGGAGCUCAGCAACUUGGGAUUUCCACCAGUGCCCCUCAGCAAGUCCCACAAGGGAGUCCUUUGGAGAGAUUCCUGAAGGCUGAGCCCAAAGUGCUUGGGGCUGUCCAAAUCAUGAUUGGGUUGGUCCACAUUGGCUUUGGGGCUGUCUCCCAUUGGCUAUUUAUUUAUUAUUUUACCUUGUCUGGAAUUGGGGGUUACCCCUUUUGGGGAGGGAUAUUUUUUAUUUCUUCUGGAUCACUUUGUGUAGCAGCUGCGAACAGUCCAAAUCCUGGUUUGGUGAAAUCCAGUGUAGGAAUGAACAUCACAAGUGCUAUCAUGGCAUUCAUUGGUAUCAUCCUCUAUAUGUGCCAGUUGAUCAUCACUGCUCCUCUAUAUAACACUGAUACUAUACGGAAUACAAGUUAUGGCUUCUCCAGUGUGCUGCUCGUGUUCAGCAUGCUGGAAUUUUGCAUUGCUGUUUCACUGGCUCAUUUUGGCUGCCAGGCAACUUGCUGUCGUGAUUACCAGCCAACCAAUCUUUUUGUGCCUUACCAAGUCUUCAGAGAUGAAGCAGUCACAACUGAACGAAAUCCUGUUCCCCCUCAUCCAGCAACUUACAAUAACAUGGUUACCACAUCUCAGUAAAACAAGAAGGAAAUGUGAGAAAGGUUGCAACAGAGGUUUCAGGAAAAGCAAUGUAUUUCAUAUUACUUAACUUUGUCUUCCGGCUUCCUAGUUUAUUUUUCAGUUGCAGCCUUUAAACACCAAAUUAACUGGUGGAAAAUUUAGAAGUUCUUCUACUUUACUUAAUAGUUAUUAUACUUCCUAAGAAGCAAGAAUUUGUGCUGCAAAUAUCAGCAUAUUUAUGAGGAAGUGCACUCCCUACAGUGUAUGAUGGAGGCUGUUCAUUACUCUUUUGUUUACAUUCUGCAUGAUGUUUUUUAUGACAAAUAUAGAAUUAAGAGA